AUGAAUCCAACAAUCUACAGUGCUCUGCAUCCAAGAUUAAAUGUGUUGCUUGCUCCGCCGUUAUCACCGCCAGUGCCUCCCUUAGAUCUGGUUGCUAGCAACGACGAUGUCUCUCGUUGCCGCCAUAGCUCCGUCGUGACCACCGCCUGCUCAUCCUCCAGACCUGAUAUGGAGACUCAACCAUUAAUGGAAUUUUCUCAAAGGAGAAAUAUUGAUAACAAGCGACCUCGAAAACGACCUCGUUUAACAUGGGAUGUGGGACCACCAAUUAUUCAACCUCCAAUUCCUAAGGUUCUUCCAACAAUAUACUAUGGGCAAGAAUUUGGAAAUGGAGCAGGGCUGAAUUAUGCUUAUUCUUCAAUAUAUUACAAAGGGAUCCCUCAUAUUGGAUUCCCUCCUCGGAGACCGGAUGAUAAAGAUGGCCACUAUGUGUUUUCCAUUGGGGAGAACUUAACUCCUCGCUAUAGGAUACUCAGCAAAAUGGGGGAAGGGACUUUUGGACGAGUCCUUGAAUGCCUCGACAACGAAACGAAGGAACUUGUGGCAAUUAAAGUUGUUCGUUCAAUACAUAAAUAUCGAGAAGCAGCAAUGAUUGAGAUAGACGUCCUACAGAAACUUGUCAGGCAUGAUCUUGGUGGCAAACGUUGUGUGCAAAUAAGGAAUUGGUUUGACUAUCGUAAUCAUAUAUGUAUUGUUUUUGAGAAGCUUGGUCCAAGCUUAUACGAUUUUCUUCGCAAAAACAGCUACCGUUCAUUUCUCAUUGAUCUUGUACGGGAGUUUGGAAGACAACUUUUGGAGUCUGUAGCAUUUAUGCAUGAUAUGCGACUGAUUCACACUGAUCUGAAGCCAGAAAAUAUUCUCCUUGUUUCAUCAGAGUAUGUCAAAGUUCCAGAUUACAAAUUCCUGCUGCGACCUGCAAAAGAUGGUUCUUACUUCAAGAAUGUACCCAAGUCAAGUGCUAUUAAGCUCAUUGACUUCGGCAUUACUACAUUUGAACAUCAGGAUCAUACUUAUGUGGUGUCUACACACCAUUACCGUGCUCCAGAGGUUAUUUUAGGUCUUGGAUGGAACUAUCCCUGUGAUGUAUGGAGUGUAGGUUGCAUACUUGUUGAGCUUUGCUCUGGUGAGGCUCUUUUCCAAACACAUGAGAACUUGGAGCAUCUUGCGAUGAUGGAAAAGGUACUAGGGCCUCUUCCUCAGCACAUGGAUGUGAGAGCUGACCGUCGUGCUGAGAAAUAUUUUAGAAGGGGUGCAAGGUUGGAUUGGCCAGAACGCGCAACUUCAAGUGAAAGUAUGAGGGUUGUCUGGAAAUUGCCUCGUCUCCCGAACCUGAUAAUACAACACGUGGAUCACUCUGCUGGAGAUCUCAUUGAUCUUUUGCAAGGGAAGAAGAUAGAAGAUCAAGUAAGGAAUUCGCGUGUCAUAUUUCCAGUAUGCCUGUCCUGGUGUUGUGUUACUUCUCGUCAGCUUUUAUUUUAAUGGCGUGAUAAUAUGAAAUUAAUGUUGGUGGAUUAUUUAGACAAGUGUUGAAAUAUUGCUUAAUACUCGUGAGUGGUGAGUAGGUGGGCCUGAGUGCUGUUAUGAAUUUAGUAGAUGUUGGAUUGCGGAAGUGAUUGAAAAUGGUCAAGAAGGUGCCGUUUUACUUUCCCGAUCUAGAUAGCACUCUCUCUUGUUAAAUUUCGGUGAGUGGUUGGACCAGCAGUGCAGAAAUUCUGUAGAUGUUGGAUCUUAAAGUGAUUGAAGUGUUAAAGUGAGGUGGAGUUUUUUUACUUCCUGGAGUUACGUAAUUCAUUGGGAAUGCUAAAUUUUGCAUUUCUUUUGGCAGUUUUAAAUAAGUUCACAUUAACGAAAUUAAUACACUUGGAAUAACCAUGUGUGUAUCUGUCAGCUUACAGCUUGUUCAGUUGCUUUCUUCCUUUAGUUUCAUUAAUCUCUUAUUUUGUUGUCUCUUUCCUUGAGUUUUUAAAAUGAAACACACUAUGGCCUAUUCCUUAUAAAUAUUUGUUUCUUUAAAAAGGAAACAACUACCCCUUACCACAUUACCUUUAUAUCCUCUUUUACAGCUUGGGAAUCUUCGUGUUUUUCUUUUUUGUUUUUUGAGCACAAUGGUUUGGGAAUCUUGUUUUUGGAGGAUGGUGGUGUAGCGGUUGAUAGUGACUGAUCCAGGAUUUGCACAUCUUGUUUUCUACUAAUGGUUGGAGCUACCAAAAACUAUAUAAAGGAAUGUAGCUUGUGAGUUGUGAGACUCGUUGCAACAUCUAACAUGUGGUUAACCUCUGGUCUCAAGGAUUUUACUAUCAAACCACAUAUUUACGUAAUGCUAUGGGUUCGUAUCCUGUUCUUUUACUUACUUUUAGUUUAAUUUUUAUAUUUCUGGCUGAACACCACUGUCUUGGGCCGAACCCAGAGCUACAUAGCUGGGUCUGCCAGUGCUCAUUGUCAUUAAGUUUCCUGGAUAUAAAUGUUGUCCCCUAUGCAAUGCAUCUGGAGGCAGUUUGAAUGGUUGAUUAGUGCUCUUUGAUUGUUGUAACUGAGCAAAAUCUUUUCUAAGGACAACACUUAGAUAAAACUUUAGAUAAUGUUCUUUGUAAAAGCCUAAACAUUGGCCUCCGUAACAGCAAGCACCAUCUUGUUGAUUCCUCUCUGGUGCGUGUAUACAGUAUGUAUAAAAUAGCCGUUAAGUGUUGGAGUGAUGACAAGGCUCAAAUUGUAGCAGAGACAUUGCCGGUUGAACUUUCCAUUUUCUCAAGUUUUUGUGAUGGUUUCACUGCAAUAUCUAACCUAAUAUGCUCUCAUUGCAUCCUUUUUGAGCUGUAAUUGCUGACAAGAGUAAUGUAGUAUACCUAAUGGAAUCUAUAUUGCUCCGACUCUUCAUAAAUGCUACCACACUCGUGUCGGAUCCUUCAAAAACUGCACUACUCUUGGAGGACUCUCGACACGCACCCAGCGGCAUUUUUGAAGGGUCCAAGAAACAAAGAUUGGAGUAUUAUAAGCUGCCUUUUGGUGAUCUAUCAUAAUAAUCCCAAUUCCCAUCUUUGUUAAUGCCAGAGAGAUUUAGUAGUUGGCCUCCUUUAGCAAAAGUGUGUGUCACUCUUUCAACUUUUGAGUUACCAACCUUUCUUUCCCUACUAAAGUUUCCAUGUGUUUUUCUUUCUUUUAUAUUGCUGUCACAAAUUGACAAGGCAAAAGCUGUGGGAACGAGAUCUUGCUCUCUUUAGAGUUCUUUUGUAUUUGUUCUGGUUUGAAACUCUAGAUACAUAAUGCAUGUGAUUUUACUUUAUCUGGGGUUGAGUAAAUGUGUCUUACUCGAGCAUUACUCAACCGGACAUCAGUUAUAGUCGGUUUCAGGUCCACUACAAACAGAAGUCUGGUAUUUCAGUGGAGAAAGGGGUGCAAGUGAACAGAUAGCAGCUUGGAGAACCGCUAUUUAAGACAACUGAAAACUACCAAGUGUUUAAUGUAUAGCUGUGUUUGAGUUAAUGUGUCUCUGCCCUUCCUAUUAAAUCGUGCUAUUUCAAAGCCGGCCUUCGAAACCUCCUUGAGUGAAGGUGAAUCUAAUUUUUAUUGAUGAAUUAGAUUUUGCCACGAAAUCGUCUCUACCCAUAGGUUGCGUUGCUCUCCGUCGGUACUUUAACAAAGCACAAUUGCUAAGCAAUGGAGGAGGAAUGACGUUUGUCAAAAUUGGCGAAAAGUAAAUAUUAUCAUAUUGAAAAUUGGCUACUUGGUGAAAUCCUACUAAGAAAGGUAGAGGGACGGUCUCGUUAUCCACCGGGUUUAUCGCGCCACUGCUUCUUGGUUUUCCUUCUUUGAAAACUAGAUGUUUUUUUUCACUGUUUGGUGUUUUAGAUACGAUUGGAUGCAUGAUUUGAUUAUGCUCAACAUUUUAUGUACCAUUUUCUGGUUAACCAAGUGCAAUUGGUGUUCAACUAA